GGCCGCGUUGGUUGCAAUAGCUAACUUGACAUUUAUUUGAAGAAUUAUUGGUAAUACAUGACAUUGCCAGAACUUCUUGGUUGCUGGAUAUUGGUUCUACUCCAGCAAACCAAAACCACCAUCUAAAGUCUAAACUUGUUUAUUUCAUAUUCACCCAAACUAUGCCUUACUUGUAUUUCACUCGCCAAUCAGGUCACAGGAUAGAGUCGUUCUUCUGGGAGGUGCCUGAAGAUGAUGUAGCUGCAGGGACAUCCAUUACUCAAGGUGAAAGCAGCUCUACUGCAGUCUCCGACGACGACCGUCAGACUUCACCUUUAGCAACAUUCAAAUCAAACUACGCAAACCUUCCUGAUUACCUCAAACGCUGCUUAGAUUACUUUUGUAUCGUCACCAGGAGAGCCUCAAUAGAUGAGAAGGGAAAACUAAUUCGGCUUUUGUUGGCUGAGUGUCUAGUACCAGAAAAAGCAGGAGAAAUUAUGGAGGAUCUGGCUGAAGAAAUUAUUGGGGAACUAAUUCACCUUGGAAUGCUUACUGAAUAUUUUCAUCCAGACUUUUUUAAAGUUCCUUAUGAAUAUGAAGAAUUAUGCCUUUUUGAAGUGGACGAACAAUACUUUGUUUCUGAAGCUCCGAAUUUUCCUGUACGUGCAGUGAUCAAGGACGAUGGGAACAACACCCUUCCUAGUUUCACAAACCUUCAAGUUCGAUCCCUGUUCGUGACCACAGCUGAACGCCGUGGUUUGCAUUCUAGUUCUGCUAGUCCUACUCGAGAUCUUUCUCAAGCUUAUAUGCAAACUAUUUGCAGUUUGCAAUCUCUUCUGGUGUUGAAUAUCGAUGGCCGCAUAGAAUAUCUGCCAGAUGAGGUGGGAGAUUUGGUUCAGCUCAGGUAUUUGGCGUUGUCUAACUCAAAACUGAAUGAGCUUCCCAAGACUUUAGGCAAUCUUCAAAAGCUGCAAACUCUGGAUAUAAGAUUAAUGUCCAGAAACCUGCGUGAACUACCAUUAGAAGUUCUAACUAUUCAAAAUUUGAGGCACCUUGUAAUGUCCAGAUGCAUCAAUAAUGGUGAAGUUAGAGUCCCAAAGGAGAUUGGAAAAUUGACCAAUCUUCAUAGUUGCCAUGGCGUGUAUGCUGGAGGUGGCAUUGCUAGUGAAUUAAGUCGCUUAACCCAACUACGAGAACUUAGUGUUAAGCGUGUCAGCGAAGACCAUGCCAGCGAGCUAUAUGCAGCCAUCAUGAAGAUGGAAAAUCUCCUCUCUGUGAAGCUAGAAGCAGAGACAAACUGCUAUAGUAUUGGUAAAAGGUAUACAUUUCUUCCUGAAUUUGAUCUAUUUUCGCCUCCAUCUCUUCUUCAAGUGGUUAAUUUACGUGGAACCCUAGUUGAAAUUCCCAUUUGGCUGUCCUCCAUGUCAAAUCUCACCAGGUUAGACUUAAGCUAUUCUUAUCUGACAGCAACACCCACUACAGACAUACAGUUUCUUCCCAAUUUAAAACAUUUAGGUUUAUGGCAAGCCUAUAAAGCAAAACUCCUUGGCAAGGAAUUUUGUCAAGCAGGUGGUUUCCCAGCGUUGCAAACUCUUAUAAUUGAUUCCAGGUUUCUAGAGCACUGGAUUGAGAUUGUUAAUGGAGCAUUUCCAAGCUUAAAGAGUCUCACUUUGCGCUGUACAAGGUUGAGGUUUCUUCCUGAAGGUUUACAGAACAUUUCUACACUUGAAGAACUCUGGUUGAGCACUGUGCAUGGAGACCUUGCAAGGCGAUUAAAAAGUACAGAGAAUUACAAGAUCAAGCAUAUCUUGAAACUCAGAGCUUACUUUGAAGGUGGUAAGUUUAUUUAUGAGGGCAGUCCAGAAGAAGUGUUGCAACAUGCUUGACUCUACCCUAGCUAGAACUCUCCAGCACCAGAUUUGUGUUCAAGAAAAUCAUGUUAGAUGGAUGUGUAUGGUUGAAAGGAAGAAUUGUUUUGCUCAAUUUUAAUAUGAGUCCAAUAAAGAUUUUCCUGAUUAUAUCUAUAUUCAAACCGAAAUAAAGAGAAAGUUUAGACUUUC